AUGGCUUCGAGAGAGGACGUCGCGAACAAGAAGAGAGGCCCCUUUCAAGAGGACGACAAUUCUUCGCCGUACUUCUCCCAUCUCCAGCAGCAAGGUCGAGGUGACUUCACUCAAUUCCUUCCCUGUAGACUCACCGUUCUCAUCAAGCUUCCACCAGGUUUGGAAGAUCCCUUCAAUUUCUUCACUUUCAUCCCAUUGCUGCAGUCUUCGAGAGAGGACGUCGCGACCAAGAAGAGGGGCCCCUUUCAAGAGGACGACAAUUCUUCGCCGGACUUCUCCCAUCUCCAGCAGCAAGGUCGAGGUGACUUCACUCAAUUCCUUCCCUGUAGACUCACCGUUCUCAUCAAGCUUCCACCAGGUUUGGAAGAUCCCUUCAAUUUCUUCACUUUCAUCCCAUUGCUGCAGUCUUCGAGAGAUGACGUCGCGACCAAGAAGAUGGCCCCUUUUCAAGAGGACGACAAUUCUUCGCCGGACUUCUCCCAUCUCCAGCAGCAAGGUCGAGGUGACUUCACUCAAUUCCUUCCCUGUAGACUCACCGUUCUCAUCAAGCUUCCACCAGGUUUGGAGGAUCUCUUCAAUUUCUUCCCUUUCUUCCCAUUACUGCAGUCGUCAAAUUUUCCUUCGAGAGAGGACGUCGCGACCAAGAAGAGGGGCCCCUUUCAAGAGGACGACAAUUCUUCGCCGGACUUCUCCCACCUCCAGCAGCAAGGUGACUUCACUCAUCAAUUUCAUCCCUGUGGACUCACCGUUCUCAUCAAGCUUCCACCAGGUUUGAAGGAUCCGUUCGAUUUCUUCGCUUUCUUCCCAUUGCAUUCGAGAGAGGACAUCGCGACCAGGCGGAGGGGCCCUCAUCAAGAGGACGACAAAUCUUCGCAGGACUUCUCUCCAGGAACAAUGUUCACCAGUGCAGUGACCGUAAUGCUGAGGAAACAGCUUGGUGUCCAUGACGACGACCAAGGAAGUGAACCUCCCAGUGAUCUUGCGUGCGACAACCCGUUUGGGACUCGGCAACACCGCCCUGUGGUGUCUGAGCAGGGCUUGAGUGUGUGA